AUGAGACAGAAUAUAUUGCUCAGUCUGUUGUUGGCGGCCGCAGGUGCGGUCACUGUGGUGGCAGACCAAUCGAAUUUCAAUUUUGAAGGGUGGACUCAAAAGGAUCUGCAACAGUAUGUGGAAGACCACAAGAAGUACUUGGACAAACUAGGUUCAAAGAGCGUAGAGGAUCUGAAGGAGGAGCUUGCGGACAAGUGGGCUCCGACCGCUCAGCCCAAGCCAUGGUGGCAAAUCUGGCCAUCGGACGAUACGCACGCAUGGCUCAAGAGGGACUCCAAAAAACCAGUUUCCGAUUGGCUGUUUGACACUUGGUCCGAGAGUGACCUAAAGAAGUUUUUAAAGCAGCAUAAGAUCAAGUACGACGCGAAAGCUUCCAAGGACUCGUUGAUCAAAGUGGCCAAGGACAGUUUCCAGAAUGUGUCUGACAAGCUGGAAUGUUCUGGGUUCUAUCCAUCGAGUGAGUACUUCAGCGAUUGGUCGGUGGAUGAUCUGAAGGAGUGGUUGAAUGAUUAUCAAAUCCCAUACGAUAAGGCGGUAGACACAAAAGACGAGUUGGUGGACCAGGUGAGAGAGAAUUUAUACCAUGCAUCUCAGUUGGCAUCAGAAAAAAGACUAGAAGUACUGGACAGUCUCGAUUUUGUUGGUAGGCAGCUUGUCGAUAAAUCGGGAGAAGUUAAAGAUGACGUCUUAAACAGCUUCUCCACUAAGCAAUUGGCUGAUUGGCUGGAAAACCAUAAGAUUGCAGUUGACAAGAAAGUGGCCGAAAAUCGCGAUGAACUGUUGAAAUUGGCAAAGAACAAUGCUAGGUUACUGAAGGAUGACAUGGCCUGGUAUGCGGAGAAGAUGAGUGAAAAGGCAUCCCCAUUCUUGACUAAACCCCCAGAGUAUGUAGAGUCUCUUUGGGACAAAACUGCAGGCAAAAUAGGUGGCUUAUUUGCUCAUUACAAGCACAAGUCAAACGAGGCUAUCAAUGAUACCUUUCUGGUUGAUUUGAAUAAUUGGUCAAGGGAUAGAAUGAAAAGGUACCUUGAUGUCCGUGGAAUCAAGUAUCAUCUGUUAGCAACCAACGGUCAACUGCGUCAAAUGGUUCAGGACUCUAGAAAUUCACCUUUAAAAAAUGUUCGAAAGCACUAUGAAAAGCUAACUGAAAAUAUCAACUACGACGACAUGAAGAAUUGGGCUCAAGAUAAAGCUGAUCAAAUUCAAGACAGUAAUGCUUAUGAAAGCGUUUCUGAUAAAAUUUCUAGUUUGAACCAAGAUACCCAAAAAUGGGCGCAGGACAUCAGCGAAAAGUGGUCGGACAGCCUAACAUCAUGGUCGGUAGAUGAUUUGAGAACGUAUUUGAAAAGUUUUGGCGUGGAUACCUCAACUUCAACAAAAGAUGAUCUAGUUGAAGCGGCAAAAUUGAAAACUCAAAUGUUCUUUGGAUCAUUCCACGAACCUUGGUACGCAAGGUGGAUGCACAAGGCGAGAUUUUAUGUAACCCAUCCGCUCAGCAUCUUUUAG